AAAGACGCAUUAGUUUCACACCAGCACACACAUUUUACUUAAUGACCAGGAUGCGAGCGCCUCCGUCUGAUCCUUGGAAUUGGGAGAAACACUUGAAAAAAAUCCCUCAUCAGAAAAACAAGUGGCGUCAAAAGGGAGAAAGGGAUUUCUAUAAGAAGUGUCCUCCAGUUCAUUUGAAACAGAGACUGUGCAGGAUCGUUAAUGUGAAUGUAGGCUCAGUAAUGUGAGGAUGGUUGCAGCAAAAAUAUGAUGGUAGUUUCCGGAGCCACAGCAUUCACUCUAAACAAGACUGUGACUGUAGGCUGGUGAGUAACUUCACUACUUGGUGCAUUUCAUCAUCUUUCGAUGUAGCUCUACUUUUAACUUGUUCUCUUCUCUUUCACAGCAGCUAUGGAAAACACAAGCUUACUGCAGAACUACACCGACGUCCAACAAACCAGAAACCCAUCUCAUCAGAUUUUCCCUCUCCUCCGACUUUUCCAGAACUUUUCAGCUCCUUCCUCCACCUCCGCCUCUCCUCCAACUGCCGACCUGACCAUUUCCCCUAAUGUGGCGUACAUGGCGGCCGAGCUCGUCAUCGCCUUUCUCUCCACGUUCGGCAACCUGUUGGUCUGCGCGGCCGUGCGCCUCAACCGCAAGCUGCGCACCGUCACCAACUACUUCCUGGUGUCGCUCGCGGUGGCCGACAUCUGUGUGGGCACCAUAGCCAUUCCCUGCGCCAUCCUGACGGACGUGGGCUUACCUCGGCACAAUCUCUACCUGUGUCUGCUCCUGCUCAGCGUGCUGAUAAUGUUGACCCAGAGCUCCAUCUUCAGCCUGCUGGCGGUGGCUGUGGAGCGCUACGUGGCCAUCUUCAUGCCCUUCCGCUACCAGAUCCUGAUGACCUCCCGUAACGCAGUGCUGGUGAUCCUUGCCACGUGGCUGCUGGCCUUUCUAAUAGGGCUCGUACCUCUGAUGGGCUGGCACAAGGCGCCGCCUGAGUCGGGCUACUGCUUCUUUGUCUAUGUGGUGGACAUGACUUACAUGGUCUAUUUCAACUUCUUUGCUUGCGUGCUGACGCCGCUGGUGAUCAUGUUCCUCAUCUAUGCCCAAAUCUUUGUCAUGGUCAAGCGGCAGGCGAGACGCAUCGCGUGUGAGCGAAGCGGCCGAGGGGAGAGGCAGGCGAGGGCGGCGGCCAGCAUACGUCGGGAGAUGAAGACGGCCACCUCGCUUUUUCUGGUUCUUUUCCUCUUCACCAUCUGCUGGAUCCCGUUACACAUAAUCAACUGCUUCCUGCUGCUCUGUCCAAGCUGCUCCGUGCCACUGGAGCUGCUGCUCACUGCCAUCAUCCUGUCGCACGCAAACUCUGCUGUCAACCCUUUCCUGUACGCAUACACAAUGACCACCUACAGGGACACAUUUAAGGCCAUUUUCUUGUGCCACAGAGCCAUGGGAGAUAGAGAGGAGUUCAACUGGGCUUGUGGUGAUGAUAGAGAAGGGGCAGGAGUCCAAAACGCAUACCAAAGUAGAUAA